AUGGAAGGGACGAGGGUUCGACAACAAGAACGGCUGCAAGAGUUGGAAGGUGUACUCGACGACAAGGAACAAGCCGUACUAGCGCUGCAAAAAGAGGCAUUAACGGACGAAUCAAUCUCCUUCGACCUUCCGUGCAUGCUUCGUUUUGGCUGGCUGUCAACAAAACGCUGGAAAAAGGUAAAACGGUUGACUCGGGAACUCACUUCCGAGGGCUCGGGUGGAAUCCAGAAAUCUGCGCACCCUUUAGAGCCGGUGAUCCACCUCGUGGGCGACAGCAAAACCAAGCACUAUGCCAUCGGGCGAAGGGUGAGCAUGGCAACCGCAUCGGCGCUGGAGGACCUCGCGCCAAUGCAAAGACGGGAUUCCAUGGCCAGAAAGAUGACCAAAAUGUUCAAGACGCCCGACAUGCAUGCGGCCUUCCUAACCUCUUCCCGGUUCGCCCUUGACCUAAUCAAGGUGUGCCAGCGGGUGGCCCCGAUCUUUGAGGCGGAGCCGAGAGCCGUGCUGCUGCAAUCCCCAGUGUACGUGUUCGGGGAUAUUCAUGGCAACCUCGAGGACCUCAAUUUCUUUGCCGACAACAUGUGGAAGCUGGGGAUGAAUGUCACCGCCGGCAAGUUUCUGUUCCUUGGAGACUACGUGGACAGAGGGAUGCAGGGGCUGGAGUGUCUGGCCUACCUGUUUUCCCUCAAGAUCGAGAACCCCGACAAAAUGUUCAUGCUCCGGGGCAAUCACGAGCUGAGAGACGUGAACGGCUGGAUCGAGCACUACGCGGAGAGGUCAUUUUUGUGGCAAUGCCAGAACCGUUUCGGGGACGCUCUUGGCGAGAAAGUGUGGGAAUCUUGCAACGCCGUCUUUGACCGCCUGCCUCUCGCGGGGGUGAUUGAUCAGGACAUAUUUUGCGUGCACGGGGGCAUCCCGCGCCCGCUUGAGGGCUCGACUUCUCGUAUACAGGACAUCAUGUGCGUGCCGCCGGUGGCGAGCGUGUGCCCUCCGAACGAGUGCGAGACGUUCGAGUCACAGCAGGUGGCCUCGGACUGCAUGUGGUCAGACCCUGCUAAGGACGAGCAGGAGCUGGACUUGGAAGAUUCAGGAUUCGGCGAAAGCUUACGGGGAGGUGGAGCAAUCUGCUUCGGUACGAAGGCGAUCGAUGAUUUCCUCACACAGGGUAACCUCAGCUAUAUUGUGCGCGCACAUGAAGCACAUUCGGAGGGGGUGUCAUUAAGCAAGGGGGCGAAGGUGUUCACGGUCUUCUCGACGUCGAAAGACCACGGUCAGGGCAAAGGCGCAACCUGCGGCUGCAUUCUUGUGGACUACCACCGCCUGCUGGUAAUUAACCGAUCGGUCAAGUACAAGAACAAGUACGUGCACCGCAGGGACAGUAUGUCCCUGGCAAAUCUCACCCUGCAGGAGCUCCAGGCCCAGGUCGAUCUCGGCCUGGUGGUGCAGCCAGACUCCGAGGACGAGAGCGAUGAUGAACCCGCGGGAUACUAUGACCAUGCAGCAGGGGAGGAUGACAUGAUCGAGCGAAAGAGCGGCGGGAAAUAAAGUUCUUCUCGUGGAACUAAAUAGAGUAGCAGCAGCAAAACCGUGGCAUCACUGAUGUCGCCACGAUAUGAUUGAGUCAUAUCAACCACGUUUGUUGUGACAUGUAGUCCAAAAGUGGGCUAGACUACAGGUUUUUCGUGGGAACGCUCGAGGUGUUGUCAGAGCAACAUUCUCUGACUGGGGACCAUGCCUGAUACCCUUCCGGGCUUUCUGGGAUCUCGAAAGGGAAUGUUCUGAAGUCCCUACCGGAUCGCUUCUUCCGCAAACGGGUAAAACCUACAGGCAGAAGUAUCUUGGCGUGAAGAAAAUGUUUUUAGGAUAUACCAGGGAGACGUGUGGUGAAAGUCACUUAUCGUGCUCUCAGUGGUGUUUCUCUUUGUCGCGAAGAACCGUACUCUGUAGUAGUACGGCCGUUCCUUCCGCCGUAUGAAGAGCGUACUGCUCCAUGCAUCUUCUGCGUUCGGUGGGCACCUAUUCUCUGUAUUUCAACGUGGGAACUCACUUCUGUCGCAACGUAGUGAAGGCUUGCCCCAUUUACAACUCUGCAGAAAGGUCCUUUCGAGCGCCGGCUGCGGAUGUCUGGAAACCUCAUUAGGUAUCAACUCUAUGACCACCAAGCAGCAAUAGGGGCGGUCUUAAGGGCGACGGGGUGUCCAAUUCGGUGGUCUAGCGUACUUGGUCGUGUAAGUAAGGGCGACGGGGUGUCCAUUUCGGUGGUCUAGCGUACUUGGCCGUGUAAGUGUUGGGGGCUCACAAUGCCGUAUGUAUCGCAAUUUAUGUUCAAGCUGUCUGUACCUGGAAAAACUCCUACUCCUUGCCGCAUUGCACGAAGGAAUGAAACGUAAAAGAAAAGUCAGUGUGGCUUAACCUCUUGU